AGGUGCGCGGCGGCGCUCGGCGGAGGCAGGAAGUGUGUCCCCAGCGGCGCCCCGUGCCGCGCUCCCGCGAGACGCUUACCUGCGACCCAGGUGAGUGCCGAGGGGGGCGGGGGAAGGGCCGAGCGGAGGCGGCUCACCUGGCUGGGCAGGUGCCUGGCUGCAGCAAGCCAUGCUCUGAGCCAUGCCCAGGCCGGGACAGCCCCGCCCAUCAUCCGGGCCUCCACGCUUGGGGCCCUGGGAGAGGCCAUCAGAGUUAUGCCUGGAAACGAACGAUGAGCGCUCCCAGCCCCCACCGGGCCGUCGCACCAGGAGGCCAGACCCUAAAGACCCUGGCCACCACGGGCCAGAGAGUAUCACCUUCAUUUCAGGCUCUGCAGAACCAGCCAACGAGCCCCCAACCUGCUGCCUCCUCUGGCGCCCCUGGGGUUGGGACUGGUGUAGGGCUGCCUUCUGCUUCCGCCGCUGCAGGGAUUGCCUGCAGCGCUGUGGGGCUUGUGUGCGGGGCUGCAGCCCCUGCUUAUCUGCAGGAGACCCCAUUGAAGGGUCUGCCGAAGCCGCCUGGGCCAAGGAACACAAUGGUGUGCCCCCCAGUCCGGACCGUGCACCCCCCAGCCGCCGGGAUGGCCAGAGGCUCAAGACCAGCAUGGGCAGCAGCUUCAGCUACCCUGAUGUUAAGCUCAAGGGCAUCCCUGUGUAUCCCUACCGCCAUGCCACCUCCCCAGUCCCUGACGUGGACUCCUGCUGCAAGGAGCCCCUGGCCGAGCCUCCUCCCACACGGCACAGCUUGCCUAGCACCUUCACCAACAGCCCCCGCGGCUCUGAGGAGUACUACUCCUUCCAUGAAUCGGACCUGGACCUGCCUGAGAUGGGCAGUGGCUCCAUGUCGAGCCGGGAGAUCGACGUGCUUAUUUUCAAGAAGCUGACAGAGCUGUUCAGUGUGCACCAGAUUGACGAGCUGGCCAAGUGCACAUCGGACACCGUGUUCCUGGAGAAGACCAGCAAGAUCUCAGACCUGAUCAGCAGCAUCACGCAGGACUACCACCUGGAUGAGCAAGACGCCGAGGGCCGCCUGGUGCGGGGCAUCAUCCGUAUUAGUACCCGCAAAAGCCGCUCCCGCCCACAGACCUCCGAGGGGCGCUCAGCCCGCUCUACUGCCCCUGCUGCUGCCCCCGACAGUGGCCAUGAGACCAUGCUGGGCUCUGGCCUCAGCCAGGAGGAGCUGACAGUGCAGAUCUCCCAGGAGACAACCGCAGAUGCCAUCGCCAGGAAGCUGAGGCCAUAUGGAGCCCCAGGGUACCCAGCCAGCCAAGACUCAUCAUUCCAGGGCACGGACACAGACUCUUCAGGGGCACCCCUGCUGCAGGUGUACUGCUAACCCCUACUGGCCCAGCAGUCACAGCCUCUCCUGGAAGAAGCAUAGCCAGCGGAGGAGAGGAACCAGGACCUCUGUGUGGGGCCGACUCUGAGCCCAGAAGCAGUGACCUCUCUGGCUUCUGCUUUUGUUGAAUCCCCUUAGACCACAUACAUUUCACAGGGCCAUGGUGCCCACACCCCCUUCCAGCUGGCCUGACUGCUGGCUGGGCCUCUUCUGCGGCCUGAAAGCAAAGCCUUGGAAGUAGCUUCCCAGUUCCACUCCCAUGACACCCUCAGCAAUUAUGGGGACUAAGUAGGUUGGGUUGGGGACAGCAUGGCCUCUGUGAUUCUGUGGGCAGUGCCCACUUGCUAUAUUGAUAAGCAGUUCAUAUUGGUUCUUGGCUAUUCUAUACUGUUAACAUGACCCUAGUUGCAAGCACAUACACCUGCCUGGUCAUCAGUUA